GGGGCGGCCAUGUUGGAUGUGUCGGUGUAACCUGCUGCUGUCAGAGCGGGGUAGACCCGCGUCCCUCCCAUCGUUACUGAGGGAGAGGGCAGCCCGUGUCCUCCCUUCCAGGGAGCUGCACCCACCUUGCCUGGCGGAGAGCCUCUGUCCCCCUCCAGGGUGGGAGGAGGGGGGAGGUGAGGGCUCCCCCAUCUCGGAGCCGGGAUGUUCUCUAAAAAAACUCACGGGGAUGUGAAGAAAUCCACCCAGAAAGUGCUAGACCCCAAGAAGGACGUACUGACCCGCCUGAAACACCUGAGGAUCGUGAUCGAGAAUGCUGAAUCUAUUGACCUCAAACUAUUUUUCGAGCAGAACUUUUCUCACAUCUACUAUGUCUUCUUUGAAAACUUUGUGAUGAUUGAAUCAUCUUUAAAACAAAAGGGACAUAAGUCUCAGAGAGAGGAACUAGAUGCUAUUCUCUUCAUAUUUGAGAAAAUCUUGCAACUUCUUCCAGAGAGAAUUCACCAACGAUGGCAGUAUCACAGCAUCAGUCUGAUCCUGAAAAAGCUGCUUCACACUGGCAACUCUUUAAAGAUCCGCCUUGAAGGACUUCGCUUGUUCCUCCUGUGGCUUCAAGCACUCCAAAACAACUGUAAUUGGGAACAGCUUUGCAUGUUCGCCUGCCUCAUUCCUGGUUUCCCUGCACCACCAUCUGAUCGUGGAAUUCACACCUUAGAUAAUCUUAUUAACCAGCCUUUGAAUCUCCAGGAAAAUCAAAUUUCAAUCGAGGAAAUUACUCCACUUGUACCACCACAAUCAGGAGACAAAGCACAGGAAGACCACACUAGCUAUUUCUUGGAGGCGUUGUUAAAGUACAUGGUGAUACAGGUUCGAAGUUUGGAGUGGCGUAACAAAGAUAAAGAAGAAGGGGGCUUCGCUUUCUUGUUUUCUAACUUUAAGAAAUAUUACUUGCCUUAUAUUUUUCCUGCCAUGAGCAGAGAGAGCAGCCUCUACAACCCACAGCUUGAGAUACCACAGACAAGGCCAAAACCUCACUACGUGCUGCUUCGGAGAGAUACAGAGAGCAACGAGGCUCAGUAUUGCACCAAAGAGCCCUUCAUUAAUGCCCGUGUGAUUGUCAUUAGAUGGCUUGUGUCCUUCUGGCUUGAGCCCAAACCUCACUCUGGGACUCACAUUCCUGGGACUGAAGGCGAGAAUGUGCCAAAGAAUAUACAGAGAGCUGCUGCCAACCUAUUGGCCCAAGAAGAAAGUAGGAAUGAGAACACAGAACGGACAGCAGAGCCUGAGCAAUCGCAUUCUAACACCAGCACCCUUACAGAGCGUGAGCCCAGUGUGUCCAGUCUCUGUAGCAUUGCUGAGGAGCACGUCACGGACUACGAGAUCAUUCGUAGGUUCUUCUCCUCCAAGCGCGGCAAUGUAAACUUUCUCAUUGAGAUCUUCCGCCAGGCUUUCCUGCUGCCAGUCUGUGAAGCUGCUGCUAUGCGCAAGGUCUUAAAGGUCUACGAGCAGUGGAUUAAGCAAAAAGAUAAGCCUUUGUUCAUGCAGGAACCGGAAGAUCUUGCACAAGUAGGUGAUGGUGAGAUAUGUGUUGACUGCCUGGAGGAAUCCUCUAGCAACACUGAAAAAGGAAAAGACCGAGAGGAGGAGAAUAGAACAGUUUGCACUGAACAUGUCCGCACUCCCAGCUGGACCAGCAAAGAUGCCUCUUGUAAGCUGUCAGAAGCAGAGAUGACAGAGACAGAUGUGCGAGGAGGUGCUCAGGCCAUCUAUCAGGUUUUUAUUGUGAACGCAGCAAAUAUAAUAUUGCUUGAACCAGCAAACGACAAUAAAACAUUGUUGAAUGAACAUACGGAUAUGUGUAAGAGAGUUUUGAAUAUUUAUCGAUACAUGGUGGUUCAAGUCUCCAUGGACAAAAAGACCUGGAUGCAACUUCUACUGGUCAUGCUAAGGGUGACCGAGUCUGUGCUAAAAGUGGCGCCUAAUGUUUUAAUGCAAUACCAAGGACGAAAGAAUCAAAUCUUAGCUGGAAGACUCGCUGGACCCUUAUUUCAGACUUUGAUUGUGGCCUGGAUCAAGUCAAGCCUGCAUGUUAGUGUUUCUCGGGAAUUGUGGGAUGAUCUGCUAGCGGUUAUGUCCUCGCUGACUUACUGGGAAGAGCAGGCUACAGAAUGGGCCCACACCAUGGAGACUCUGACCAAAGUUCUCUCCAAGAAUGUCUACCACCUUGAUUUGAACGAGCUGCCUUUAGACAAGCUGAGUGAACAGAAGCAGAAGAAACAUAAGGGCAAAGGACAUGAUUUCCAGAAAGUCUCUGUUGACAAGUCAAGCUUUACCCGAGGCUGGAGCAGAGAACAACCUGGUCAGGCACCUAUGCGCCAACGCAGCGCCACUACUACUGGAUCCCCUGGCACAGAGAAAGCCAGAAGCAUUGUGCGCCAGAAAACUAUUGCCAUGAGGAGCCGAUCCAUUGGGGACAGUGCCCUGCCAUCCGCCUCUAUCCGCAGCGCUAAAAGUGCACCUGUCCUGAUUCAUCCUUCCAAACCCCUUCCGCCUGAUAUUGUUCUCACUCUGCUUUCCGAUGAGCUGUCAGAUAUGGACGAUGCCACCACACAUUCGCGCCCUCCAAGGGUAAGACAUUAUUCACAGAGCGAGGAGACUCCUAGUGAGACGUUUGGAGCCGUUACUGAAGAGACAUCAACACUGCCUCGCAGUAGCAGUACCUCUGACAUCCUGGGUCCCUUCUCAACUGAGAGAGCCAAAGGUGCAGUGCCUGUUGCUGAUCGUCCCUCCCCUCUGGUUUCGGACCCCCCUUGUUCUAACACACACUGGCAGGAGGCACCCCUAACCCAAGUCGACGGCAGCAUUUAUGACCAUCUCUGCCAGCUGGCUGGCUCAGCUGGAUUAACAGAUGCAGCUAUGGAACAGGGCUGGUAUGAAGAGUUAGAGGGUACAGAUCUUUUGCCUCAUUUAAGGGAGUAUCUAAAGGAACAUGAAAUGCAGUUGCAAGAGGGAGAAAGAAACAGGACAGGAUCUGGCAUAAAAGAUUCUAAAGUCGAGUAUUGUGACCAGGUAGAAGCAUGCAGCAGAGCUGAGGCUCCUUCACUAGGAUUCCACCAUACAACUCCCUCAGACCAGACCAGUAGCAGUUUAGUGGGCGAGGGUUGUUUAUCUAGAAAACCUGGCGGGAUGAAAGUGGCAGGUAGGUCAAGAGACCUCCAUGUUAGAAUUCAGGCUGAUGUAGAAGGAUCAGAUAGUGAUAAAGGAGGUCUGGCACAAGGGGGGAAAAAGAGGGUUCUUUGCAGACAAUCUGCCGCAGAGGAAGAUGAAACAUCUGACUGGGCAUCUUCCCAAUCUCACCAUUCUUCAGGCAGUGAACAUGGGCCAGUGAUAAAGAACUUGUGCGAUUCUGUAACACACAAGGCCAAAGCCAUGCGUCGGAAACGCAACAGUGUGCAGGUCACUUUCCGCCCAGCCACUGAGGCAGUGCUUUUCUACAAUUCAAUGGAGAACAAAGAUGUCCCUUGGAGGGUUAGGCUGCGGAAAUUAAGCAGUUUAAGUUCUAACUCCCAGGUGACAGGAGAGCAAGGGAAGUCUACUGCAUAUGCAGCAAUUGGCGCAGUUAGGAUAGCAUCGGGAGUUAGCCAACCAGGCAGUGAGCACACUGAGGUACAUUUUCCUCCUUCACAAGUCCAGAAGGAAUGUGGCCACACCAGGCCAAGAGCUAGAAGUCAGGAGCGAGCCCCUUCUCAUGCGUCCUUAGGUGGCGUAUAUAAAACUGUUGUUCAUGCUCUCUCAAAACCUAAGGCCAACGUGUCCGUGCCGAAGCAGCAAAGGAUGGCAGCCGAGGCUCCACUGAAGGACCUGUACGGUCAUGUUUUGGGCUAUUUUGGAAGGAAGGCAGCAGCCAGUAAAGAAGACUUCGGACCCCAACUCAAUGACCUCAGCAAUGACGUCAGCUCUAACUCAAACAUCCCAGAUCUAAUGGACGAGUUUAUAGCUGAGAGAUUACGAUCAGGCACUAAUUUGACUCUAACUCGCAGAGGUAGCAGCCCUGGCAGCUUAGAGGUUCCAAAAGACUUGCCUGAUGCACUUAACAAGCAGAGCCAGAUGCGUCCAGCAGAUGACCCCGGUGUUCCUUCAGAGUGGACCUCCCCAGCAAGUGCUGCAAGUAGUGAGCUUCUUAGCUCGGACAGUCAUUCAGACUCUUUCAAUGCCUUCCAAUAUGAUGGUCGAAAGUUUGAAGCAGGUUUCCCAUUUGGCGGUGAUUCAACAGUCCCUAUCUCCCUGGAGACAGAUGUUGGGUCUGUACACCUUAGCACAGAGGAACCAGAGGUUGCAAGUCUUACAACUCUUCACAUCGACUCCGAAACUAGCAGCCUUAACCAACAAGCCCUGUGUGCAGAAGGAAUGGUUGUGACCGGCUCUGAAAAUGCUUCUCCAGCAGUCUCCACUCAUGGAUCACGGACACAAACACCUUCCCCUGCUCCUGUGAGUUCAGAUCAAGGCGAGCUGCAGGAAAAGCUUCAGCAUUCAGUUUUACAAACUCCUGAUGAUCUGGAGCCCUGUGACUUCCCUUUGGAGAGCUGCAGUGUCAUGGCUGGUGGAACGCUUACUGGUUGGCAUGCAGACGUUUCCACGGUCAUGUGGAGGAGAAUGCUUGGGAUUUUGGGAGAUGUCAAUAAUAUCGCCAAUCCGGAGAUUCACGCUCAGGUUUUCGAUUAUCUCUGUGAACUGUGGCAGAAUUUGGCCAAGAUCCGAGAUAAUUUGGGUAUAUCAUUGGAUAACCAGUCUUCUCCAUCACCUCCUGUACUGAUCCCACCCUUAAGGAUACUCACUCCCUGGCUGUUUAAGGCUACCAUGUUGCCAGAUAAAUACAAGCAGGGGAAACUCCAUGCUUAUAAACUGAUCUGCAAGAUCAUGAAGAGAAGGCAAGAUGUGUCUCCAAAUCGGGAUUUCUUAACCCACUUCUAUAACAUCAUGCACUGUGGCCUCCUUCACACAGACCAGGAUAUAGUGAAUACAAUCAUCAAGCACUGCUCGCCCCAAUUCUUUUCACUGGGCCUUCCAGGAGCCACUCUUCUAAUUAUGGAUUUCAUUGUAGCAGCUGGGAGAGUGGCUGCCUCCCCGUCUCUCAAUGCACCACGUGUGGAAGCUCAAGUUCUUCUGGGAUCUCUGGUCUGCUUUCCUAACCUCUACCAGGAGCUACCAGCUCUGCACCCUAGCAGUUCUGACAUUGUAAUGUCACAGUUCACAGAUGUCAAGGAACUCACCAUCAAAACCGUGCUGAGCUCAGCUAAGGAAGAACCAUCUGGGCCUGCAAGGUGUGUAGCGUUGUGCAGUCUAGGAAUUUGGAUGUGCGAGGAGCUUGUUAAUCAAACACAUCACCCUCAGAUCAAAGAAGCCCUUAAUGUCAUCUGUGUCUCUUUAAAAUUUCCCAACAAAGUGGUGGCCCAGGUGGCCUGCAGUGUCUUGAAUGUGCUUGUGAAUUACGUGAAUCAAUUGCAGAUUUACCAGCCAGACUAUCCACUGAAAAUCAUUGAGAUAUUACUGGCUACAGUCACAUAUCUUUUACCUUCUGCAGAGGCCUCUUCUUAUGAACAAGAUAAACGGCUGGUGGUAUCUUUGCUGCUUUCCCUCCUGGACUGGAUGAUGGCCCUGCCACUUGCAGUAUUACUGAAACCGAUGCAUCAUGCUGCAACAGACUCCCAGGGCAGAGAAAAUUCCGUAUUAAACUGUGCAUAUAAGGUCCUGCAUGACUGUGUCUAUGGCUCUCAGCAUUUCAGCAACCCAAGGUACUUUCCCAUGAGCCUUUCAGAUCUGGCAUCUGAAGACUAUGAUCCCUUUAUGCAACUUGAAUGCCUGAAAGAGCCAGAGCCAUUACAUUCCCCAGAUUCAGAGCGUUCAAACAAACUGCAGCCGGUCAAAGAGGUAAAAACCCCCAAACAGCAAGGUCUUAUUCCAGUGGCUGCACGGACAGUUAUCACACAUCUUGUGAAUCACUUGGGCCACUACCCAAUGAGUGGUGAUCCCGCCAUGCUGACAAGUCAGAUCUGCGAGAACCACGACAACAUAUACAGCGAAAGUUCGGACCUCUCUCCACAGCUCUUCCACAGCCCAAAUCUGCAAUUCUUUGUUCUCAACAGUACAACACUAGUUUCUUGCCUACAAAUUCAAGCAGAGGAAAAACUACCUCCUGGUGAGGAGCUGUCUUCUGCUAACUCAACUGUUCGUAUAAUUAUGAGGGACCUUUCAGGCAAAUACAGUUGGGAAUCCUCUAUUCUUUAUGGACCUGCACUCCCAUUUUCUGGACAAAUGUCUCACUGGUCUUCCUUUCUGCCUGCCUUUCCUCCUCCUUGCAUUAGUCAGGAGGAAGAACAGACAUCAACCCAACGGGAGUCUGAGGACUAUUCUUCAUUUCAGUCAAGGAGGAGAGGCAGGGAAUCUCUGCCCCUAUGGGACAGUUUAUCAGACGAGGAAGAUGCUUUGGACUGCCUUUUGCAGUACCUGGGAACCACAAGCCCUGAGUGCCUUCAAAGAGCGGGAGUCCCACUGAAUGUGCCAUCCCCACCACCCGCUUGCUUCUCAGAAAAGCUAGAGAAUGAGGUUAGCAAUGCCAUUUUGAAGCAGAGUGUAGAGGAGAUGGAAUUUGUGGAAAAGCAUUGUAGUAACCUCCACAUGAGGGCAAUGCCUCAAGAGGAGCCAACUUACCAAAAACCCCUGUCUGCCUUCUACUAUGCCCGUCUAUUGCUCAGCAUCCUUGGCAUGAAUUCCUGGGAAAAGAGGAGAAAUUUCCACCUCUUAAAGAAGAACGAGAAGCUGCUUCGGGAACUGCGAAAUCUAGACUCCCGACAAUGCCGCGAGACACACAAAAUAGCAGUGUUCUAUGUUGCGGAUGGUCAGGAAGACAAGCACUCAAUCCUUUCUAACACGGGUGGCAGUCAGGACUAUGAGGACUUUGUGGCUGGACUUGGAUGGGAGGUAAAUCUCUCCAAUCAUUGUGGUUUUCUGGGAGGACUUCAAAGAAACAAAAGCACUGGACAAAGCACACCCUACUUUGCCACGUCCAACGUAGAAGUGAUGUUUCAUGUCUCAACAAGGAUGUUGUCCGACUCAGACGACUGUCUGACAAAGAAGCUUCGUCAUCUUGGUAAUGAUGAGGUCCAUAUUGUCUGGUCCGAGCACAGUAGAGAGUACCGCCGUGGCAUUAUUCCAACUGAAUUUGGGGAUGUGUUACUCGUCAUUUACCCCAUGAAGAAUCACAUGUUUAGUAUCCAGAUCAUGAAGAAGCAAGAAGUUCCGUUUUUUGGACCACUGUUUGAUGGAGCCAUAGUGAAUGGCAAAAUUCUUCCUGGUCUGGUUCGGGCAACAGCCAUCAAUGCCAGCAGAGCACUUAAAUCCAUUAUUCCACUUUACCAAAAUUUCUUUGAGGAGAGGAUGCGGUACUUGGAUUCAAUCAUUCAACAACAUCUGGAGCCCACCACUUUUGAGGACUAUGCUGCACAAGUUUUCUGUCCAGCCCCGCAAAAUCAUCUCCUGCUUAAUGCACGCCCUUGCACAACAAAUGAACAGAGUGAAAAUGUACUGACUCUGGGUGAUGGUUCAGAGUUGGCAUCACCUACAUUACCGCGGACCAGCAAAAGCCGAAUGUCCAUAAAGAUAAGGCGCUCGUCUGGCUCUGCCAACAAGACUUAAACUUUCUCUCCACGUCCUGGGGUCGACCAGCCGAGUUUUCUUAAUCACUGGCAGUGCCAUACCCUGAACGUUUCAGGCGCCUCGUACCCACUCCAGCCUCACAUGAUAACAUGACAUUUCCUGUGCUUUUUAUUGUAAUAUUUUUUUACACUUCUAUUAUAUUUGAGUGAAUAACACUGGACUUUAUAGCUCUAAUUUAAUAUUUUAUCUUGAUAAUUUUGUGCUUUUUAAUUGUUAUUUACAGUGCAGGGUGCCAUAUGUAUAUCUUUGCAGCUUUUAGCAAUUUGUUACUGAGUUAUUGCAUUGCAGAUCUGUCUGACAUAAUGCCUAUGUUAUCUUUUGUUUUAUUAUUCAUUUAGUGUUUUUGUCUUGUUUGAUCUUUGCGUCCACCACUAUGUAUAUUUAUUGAUUUUAUUGCCUAAAAUGUUCUGUUCAAUUGGCCGUGUAUAUUCUUUGGGCCAAAACAAACUAUUAAUAAGUAUAUUUAUCUAAAUCAUUAUCUGGUUUCACAAGAUAUAUUAUACAGCAAUAUCUAUGUACCUUUUAAUUGCAAUAUUGUUUUUUUCUGUUUUUGUUUUUUUUUUUCAUUUGUUUUUUCCAGUGACCCCAGAAAGGAGUGUCUCGAUAAACAUUAACUGUAACACAGCUACUCUUUUUAUACAUGUAUUAUUUUGUUUUAGAAUUAUAUAUUCGUUUGGGAAAUAUUGUUUGCAAGGCAACCUAUUUCUAGGAAAACGGUAAUUUCGUCAUUGGUUGGAGAGUAGAGGUACAACAUGCGCUUAGUCCUUUGUGUUUGUUUAUUUUUUUUUUUCCAUGUUCAUUCCAUUACAAGGAUACGUCCUUAAAGAUUUUAUGUUUUUAUAUAAUGAAAUUAAUAACCAUUAAACAUAUCGUAAGUUAACCUCUUUUAUUAUACAUUACCUUGAAUAUGCAAUGAACAAUGUCACAUGGCAUGUCAUCCGAGCACAGUUGAACCAUAGAUGCUAGUAGCGUUUGAACGGUCAUAGUUGGAAAUGACCGCGGUUAUUAUGGUCUUUUGUGACUAGUUGGGGACUUAUAUCCUCUCUCCCGUUUAUAUAGGACGAGAAACACACUUUAGCAGAAUAUUUAACAAUUUACAGAUGCACCUUUUCUAGAGAUGCCAAAGGACUGUGAGGGGGGAUGCUAUCUCUUAGCAUUUCACCUGAGCACUGAACAGAGAUAGUUAAUUUCAUAUAAUGUCUUUCUUUUUGUUGUCCUUGUAUUUGCUUCCUUUUAAUUCUUU